ACGUGCAAUAGCGUCUACUAGUUGUGACUGACAUGCUGACAUAUUAUUGGAGCAGAUCGGAUCUUACAAUAGUAGGAAGCACAUGCCCAAAACAUCUUUGUGUAUUUAUUGUAUAAGAACACGCAGUCUAAAAAAUAAAUCGUAAUGAUGAAGUUAAAUUAAAUAUAGUAAUAAAGAAACGCGUGUCAAAUAAAUGCACAUUGCCUGGUUUCAAUAGGCAAUUUUGUCAAGACUUUAAUUUUUGCAAUUAAUGCAAUUAAUAUUUUGGAUAUAACGGAGAAGAAAUAGGAAAUGUUUUACUAUUACGAAAGUCCGAAAAUGGAGAAAUUAAAUAAGCAUUGUGUUGGAGUUUAAAAACGCUGCAAAUUAUUUAUUUCCAGUCCUAAGAAAAACUAUUCAAUAAACAGCAAACAAUAAUAAUGAUGCUGAUUGGGUUAUUGCUCCUUGUUUGUCUUUCUUGAAAAGCUGCCAUUGUUUAUGUCAAGCUAACUAAAUUUCUAAUUGAAAGUGAAGUUCAAUUACAUGUUUACAAGUUGUUUAGCCUUAUGGGCAUGGCAUUAAUAAGUUCACUGAUAUAUUUCUGCGCCCCUGCUUCUGCACCUGUUAGAUAUCAAUUAUGUCUUCUUAAAUUCAGCGAGCAGUUGUUAGCUCAUUUGUUUAGGUGAAAAGCGGUAUUCUGCAUUUGAAAGGGGCAAAACAAAAGAGGUGUAUCGCGUCGUGGCACAAGAAUCAGGAAGCUUUGUUUCCUUAACGCAUCAAAAAUGUGCAUAUGUGUGUGUGUGUGUGUUCAGGAGAGAACGGGUAGGCGGGCUUACGAAGAAACCAGUCCACAAUUUACCCUACUUCUCCAUGGGUAUCUAGUUGAGGAGAAAGUCUGAGGCGCGAGAGCUCAGUAGUACCUUUAACUCUGGCAUUAAGCUGCAGACAAACAAAAAAGCCCUUAUUAAGGGAAACAUUUUUAAUAGGCAUUUAAGGACUUUGGUUUGCAUUUGUACACGGGUUUGUUUUGGUGCAGGUCCGCCGCGUGCGCAAUGAUGGCCACUUACCCAGACCCUGAGGAUAACGCCAUGAUCCUCAUGGACACCAGCUCAAGCAUAACGGAUAAAGAUCGAAGCAAAGACGAAUCACCGCCCGAGAAGGGACCGGACAAAUCCGACCCGACCCAGAAACCGCCGUACUCUUAUGUGGCGUUAAUCGCGAUGGCGAUCCGCGAGAGCUCGGAGAAGCGUCUCACGCUGUCCGGUAUCUACCAGUAUAUCAUCAGCAAGUUUCCUUUCUACGAGAAAAACAAGAAAGGAUGGCAGAAUAGCAUACGACACAACCUAUCACUCAAUGAGUGCUUCAUCAAAGUACCCCGGGAAGGAGGCGGCGAGCGCAAAGGCAAUUACUGGACUCUGGACCCGGCUUGCGAGGACAUGUUCGAGAAGGGCAACUACCGGCGGAGACGGCGCAUGAAGAGACCGUUCAGGCCUCCACCGACGCAUUUCCAACCCGGAAAGUCUCUCUUCGGUGGUGAUACGUACGGCUACCUCUCCCCGCCCAAAUACCUGCAGUCAGGGUUCAUCAACAACUCUUGGUCCACGGCGCCCAUGCCCUACACCUCCUGUCAGAUGAGCGGUGGGAACGUGAGUCCCGUUAACGUGAAAGGUUUGUCCGCGCCGUCCUCGUACAAUCCAUACUCUCGGGUGCAAAGCAUGGCUCUCCCGGGCAUGGUGAACUCUUACAACGGCAUGGGUCACCAUCAUCAUCAUCAUCAUCACCACACGCACGCGCUCCCGCACGCGCAGCAACUAAGUCCCGCCACGGCCGCCCCGCCUCCGGUGUCCACAGGUAACGGAACGGGACUGCAGUUCGCUUGCCCGCGCCAGCCCACCGACCUGUCUAUGAUGCACUGUUCGUACUGGGAGCACGAGAGCAAACACUCGGCACUACACGCGCGAAUUGAUAUAUAGAAAUAAACAGAAUGUCCUUGCUGAGAGACAAUAAUAUGGUGAUAGAAAUCCAGAGAUGAAAAGCAACAAACUCAAAUUGAUGAUGUCAAAGCAUGCCUGAUGUAUGACACAUAACAAGAAGUAAAACCUCGAUUAUCAAGUCUGGGCACGCAAGUACCUCACAGAUAGGGACUAAAGGUUUUCUUCCACGUGAGACUGAUUUUUAUGAACAUUUGUGUACAUAAACUGUGCAAUCAUUUGCGAAGAAGAUGACCAGCAAACUGAAGGCACCAUCAUCUGGAAUUACAAACCAUGUUUACCUAAGUCCGUUUUCGACAUGUUGUCAGUGACUUUGGAUAGAAGUAUUGGAUUCUGAACCCUUUGUUUAAUGAACAUUUUAAUUCUCCUUGAUUUUGAAUGUUUGAGGAUACAGUGGAGCUCAUGACGGGUAGUUAAACUGAAGCUUUGAGGAGGGGUAUGUGAGCGAGACACAAAAUACACAUAAACACGCUCACACCUGUGUUUUGGUCUUUUGUUUCCGCGCAGGGCCCUGGACCGAGGGUCUUAUAAGGGUCAGUGCACGUGACUGCUAGUUUGGAAUAUUUUUGUAUGUACUAUUUUAUAAACAAUAAGAAAUACGUUUUAAUGUCUUUGACGCAAAGGGACCAUGUUUUACUAGCACUUUUCAGUCUUUUUUAUUGGUCUAGUUUUUACCCAUUAAUAAAAUAAAAGAAAUGUAAACUUUGUCAA